CUUUCCUUUAUUUCUUCUUUCCCACAAAGAGAGAAAAAAUACCCGACAAAGAAAAAAAAGAAUUGCCAUGCCCAGCGUAGAUGAAUUGAAAGAAGCCUUCGCCUUUGCCGGCAAAGACAUCAAAGCGCGUGAGAAAGCGGUUGAGCAUUAUGCACUUCGAGACUCGGAGGACUGGUAUUACUAUUCUGGUCUCAUUAUUCUCCAAAGGCUCGCGGACGAGGUUAAUUCCAAGGACAAUAAAGACCCAAGGGACCCAACCGCAGAAGAACGCGAACUUAUGAACUGCUUUCAUAAGCACCUGACGGGCUACGAAGCAAAACUCAAGUUGAGAACAUCCAAUGCCAAGUAUGACAACAGAUACAAAGCACUCCAGAGCCGCUACUAUGUCCUGGUCUAUUUACUUGACAAAAAGGAAUCAACACAAUUUCUUCAAGAUGCUCUUAACCUUGAUAAGAUUCCGGCCAUACAUGAUGAGGACCAGGACAAUCAGUCAACAGAUGCACAGAUACAAAAGAUUCUUCCUUCAACCUUUUCUCAGAAAAUAAUUAAUUCAGAGGAGCUUGUCUGGAAAAGUAUUUCUCAGAUAGCCAAGGAUGGAGAUUCUCUCGAUGUGGAAUACCUUGCGCUCCCUGUCUUAUCUCGCCUUAUCAAGAAACCAUUGUCGAGCUCCCAAGAGUCGGUCAUAUUCGCGAAGCUGUUGUCAUUUCCUCAGGCUUCCCAGCCAUUGGGAGGACAAGGCAUUGAUUUUACAGAGUUUAUUUGCAAAUAUCUCAGUGGAAAGGACGAAAAGUAUUUCAAAGACAAUCUUCCCGGCAUUUCGCUUGACAACCUAACAAUUGAUCAAAUGGACAUCAUCAGAAAAAGCGUCCCCUUGGUUGUUUUGUGCGAGAGCUUUCUGACUACGUAUAUAAAAAAAUUAGUACCCUUGGAAUAUUUGAAUGAGGGCUACACCAAAGCAACAGACAAUUUUUGGGAUGAUGAGAACCGUAUAUUGGAAGGUUAUCUUUCUCGUCUCUGGACAUUUGUGGAAGACUUGCCAGUACUUUAUCAGCCUCUUAAGGCAUUAAUUGGCUUUCACAAACUACGGCUUCAAAUUUCCAGAGAGAACUUUUCUGAAGCUUAUCUUCUCAAAUAUUUAGCCCUUACUCAAGGAAGAAUUCUUGAAAAUGUCAUGUCUCCUGUUCCUGGCCGCCCAGUUGACCUUAAACAAAGAUUGAGCAAAGCUACUACAAUCAAGAUCCCUUAUCUAACGAACUAUGCUACUGACUCACGUGAAGAAAAGACUACAGUCUAUGUCUAUCUUACAGGUGUUCUUACAGAAAAUCCGGAUAUGAGUCUCGAUCCAAUCUUGAAGUACCUAGACUUAAACGAUACUCUAAAGAAGCUUUAUACAACUGUGCAAUUGACCCAUCCUUUACGUCAGGGUGUUUCUUUGGAAUCCUCUAAUUCGCUUACGACUUAUGAGCUCGAUAAGCUCAUCAACGAAGUAAAGCUUGAAUUCGCUCCCUCAACAAUCAAUAUUGGUCGUAUUCUUUUGGCUGACACUCCUAUAAAGUUGAGCCUUCAACUUAAGCAAGUGGGACAUCUUACGGUGCGAGUUUAUCCUAUCGAUCUUUACAACUAUUGGCGCAUGCAUUCCAACAAAAGAGUCCUGUCAAUGAGCAAAGAAGAAAGCGCACGAUUGGACGGUCUAUGUCCAUUGUGGGAAGACACCAUUGACUUUACCAAAAAGACUGCCCUCUGUACUUGGAAAGAAUCUUUUGUUUUUGGAAAAGACCACUUGGCCUCUGACUGUGUCCAAGGGCGUGGCGCUUGGAUAAUCGAUUUUGUUGGAGAAAAUAUACAAUGUCGCGCCAUUGUUCAAAGGGGGCAUUUACGUCACUUGGUUCAAGAUACUUCUGCUGGGCAUUUGAUUCAAAUAAUUGACGAGAAUAAUAUUCCUUUGAAACAAGAUGGCAGAAUCUGGUAUGCCGAUUCGUACUAUGAGUCGGAUGCAAAUGGAAAUAUUUUGAUCCCUUACCGUGCCGGCGAGACCAAGAAUACAGAAAUACUUCUAUUGUCAAAGGAUGGAUUUUGUGAACCAGUCGCCUUUACGCAUAAGACAGAGACUUAUGAUCUGACUGCAAAGUUUUACGUUAAUCUUGAAAGUGUUCUUACAAACAGACAAGCAAAGAUGGUCGGAAUCCCACGCUUGACUAUCCACGAACAACCUGCUAGUUUGGACUUGCUUGAAAAGAUGACAUUAACUGUGACAGCCACUUCCUUAAAUGGUGUCAAGAGUUCUACUACCUCACAGUACGCUCCCCUUACGAACAAUUCAUUUGAUUAUGAAUUUACCGUUCCUGAUCUCCUGAAUACACUUGAGUUAAAAUUGACUGCCAAAGUCAAAUCCACUUCCACUCAAAGUGAUGGACAGGAAGUUGAAGUCAGCAAGGUUCUCGAAAUGAGAGCUGAAGAUAAUCCUCUGCCAAAGCCUUAUCUUCGUAUAAAUAAAAAUAACGAGUACUACAUAUGUUCCCUUGGAAAGAAUGGAGAAAUCUAUAAAAAUAAGGAAUAUACUAUAAAAUUGGAGCAUAGCAUGAUAAGAGCUCCCAUAGUUACAAACAUGCAAACGGAUGAACAUGGCAUUAUUCAUCUCGGACCGCUUGAAAAUAUCCAUUCAAUUAGCGUUGGUUCACCAGAGCUCCUUGAAAUUAAUUGGGAUAUUUUGAAAAAAUCUAACGCCGUUCUUCCUACAACUUUCAACGGAACGGCCAACACUCCUUUGAUGUUUCCGUUCGCUGAAGAAGCAAACCGUAUGUGCUCUAUUUAUCAAACCGAUGGUUCUAGUCAAGUACUCCAUGACUUUACCAACCGACUCUCUUAUGAAAAUGGUUAUUUAAAGAUUGCUGGUCUUCCAGAGGGUCGUUUUACUCUCUACCUUUACUCCCAAGGAACAAAGUACACAGUUACCAUUUGGAUCUUCAAUAGUCAGGUCUCUACUGCUUUAGCUGCGUGUGGCAGCCAUUGGUCAAACUGGAUCCUUAGUUAUAGCUUUUACGCCACCAACAGUCGAUGGUUUGCCCAUUCUCCUCUGGUUAUCUCCGAUACAACUGUAACAGAUCAAUCAAUAGUUGUGAGCUUAAAUGGAUGGUCCAAAGGGAAGACAUAUGCGCUUGUGACGACGACUGCCUUUAUCGAGACAAGAAAAAGUUUGACCAAGAGUCUUUUAACUCUUCCCACGACUAGUCCUAAAAAAUAUGCCAGUGUUCUCGAUACUCGUGCCGUAUUUAUUACAGGAUGCAAACUGAGCGACGAGUACCAGUAUAUACUGAAGAGAGCGAGGGCUGAAAAAUGGGUCGGAAGCUCUUUGGUAAAACCUUCUCUGCUACUUUAUCCAGAGGCUUUGGCUUCAGCUACAUCAGAUUAUUGUGUGGUAAAUGAAAGGGAACAUAUGUUUGCUGGAGGAGGCUAUAGGUACACAGACACGACUGAUAGUAUAAUUACAAGCGGGGUUUCACGUGGAAAAAAUCGUCGUCCCACAGAUUAUGGCUUCCUUGAUCAUCGUUAUUCAAUUCUUCGCUUGGAACCCGAUGAGGAUGGAAAAUUAAUCAUUGAUCGUGCUCACUUGGGUGACGGAAAUAUUCUUCAGUUGGCUGUCCUUUCUGGAGAGCAAAUUGUUACCAAAGAAAUGGUAUUGGAUAGUACAACCACCGAAUUGCGUUUAAAGAAUCGAUCCCAGACAAUCGAAGACUCAAAGUCUGAACAAGCAUAUGUGCGAAUUAAGUCCGUAUCAACUUUGUACCCAGAAAAUCUUGAUUCUGCUAUUCAAGACGACCCAGCAGCCCAUGCAUCGUUGCAACUUGAUGGGGGUGAACAAGAAUUUGAGGUUGUCGACAGCUUUGAAAAGUUGUUCAAUCUCUUUAAAGUACUCUCCAAUGCGGAAAUCAACACUAGUCUUGAAAAGUUCAAGUUUCUACUCACUUGGCCAUCUCUUUCUCUAAAAAAGAAAUUGGAUCAUUACAAUACAAAUGUUUGUCAUGAACUCAACUUGUGGCUAAAGCAUAAAGAUGUAUCAUUCUUUGAACAUAAUGUUAAGCCGUUUAUCAAGAGCAAGGUUACUACAUCGUUUAUGGAUUUGUAUUUGGUUGAUGAAGAUUUAAAUGAAUAUGCAGAUAGUCUUUACUUGUACAACAAUUUAAAUAUGAUUGAGAAGGCCUUUCUGGCCAAGCGUGUACCUGGUCAUUUUGAUUCCAUUCUUCGUUCAUUUGAGGACGCGUCUACAGCUCCAAAUGAAGCAUCUGAGGAUAUAGGAUUCGACACAGUCAUGUCUAGUAACGCACUUAACCAGCAACCAGCUCAAGGUGAAAUUCAAAAAAGCUCGAUGAACUAUUUUCUCCGUUCAGCUAUACCUCAAUCUGCCAUGUUUGCCAGCGCUCCAAUGAUGGGUGCAGCACUGGGUAAAGGUGGUGCAAGGCGUGAUCGUAAGAUUUUGCCUCAAGACGAGUCUGAUGAUGAUAUGGGCUUUGCGGACGACUUCUACGACAAUCCCUCAAAUACCGUGGUUGAAGAGUACGCAGUUGUGAGAGAGACUGUUGUGGAGGAGAAUGAUGAUGAUCAAAUCCAAGAUGAUAAAAAAAAGUUAGAUGAAGAUGCUCUGCGUGCUAGAUCGGCUAAACAGCAGAUAAAGGUACCUUAUUCAUUUGUCAAGCCAACAAAAGAAUGGGAAGAGAAGGGUUAUUACAAUGGUCUCCCAAGUUUUGGACAAUCCAACAAUUCAUUCUGGGUAGAUUAUAUUAAGUCUACAAGAGCUGUAUUUUUGUCCAAGAACUUUUUGGUAGCUAUCAAUAACUUUACAGAGAUUAUGGCCGCGUUAUCUGUAAUGGAUUUGCCUUAUGCUGUGGAUGCCCAGUGGAAAUGCAAGAGUGAUUCAAACAGUGGUGCUCUUUCCAUUAUAUCUGCAAAACCUUGCUUAGUUUUCCACCGUACAUUGAAAGCAACAAAUAGCAUUGCACCUACCAACCCAAUUGUUUUGCUUGGCCAAGGCAUAUUUAAUAAAUCAGCUCAACACAGCUCUCGAGAAGAUAUUACUAUGAUUAACCCAACUGAUUUAACAGCUGCUACAGAAUAUAGCUGGCAUCUUGUUGUGAGCAACAUUUCUUCAAAGUCAUUCACGUGUGAGGCCACGCUACAAAUUCCUUCUGGGGCAGUACCUAUUGAAGGAACUCCUUAUUGUCAAUCGAAAUUCAUUGCUUUGCGACCUUAUUCUACAUGGGAGAGCGUCAUUGGUAGCUUCUACUUUCCACACGCUGGAAACUUUACGCAGCUACCUAUCACUAUUACUGACAGUUCAAAAUUGCUGAACAAGAGCCAGCCGAUAAGCCUUUCAGUGUCAGAGCCCGGUCUUUUUAUCAACCAGAAAUUAGGAACUUCAAAUAUUCCUUGGUCAGUUGUAGCCAGCAAAAUGAAGAAUGAAGAUGUGUUGGAUUACUUGUCACAAUACAAGAAGCUUGACGAACUUAAUUUCGGUUUGAUUACUUGGCGUAUGUCCAACAAGGCAUUUGCUCGCAAAGUAUUUGACGUUUUGGGUGGCCAGAGACGUUACCAUACCGGUAUAUUGUGGCAGUAUGGCCUCACCCAUGGAUUUUUGGACAUUAUCAGACAGCUAAUUCAGAUAUAUGCUGAUGGAGGAAUCAUUCCACACAUUGGAAAAGCAUUUGUUUCACCUCUUUUGUGCACCAGUAUUCUGACAAAAGAUACUAUAAAUGUUCUUGACUACUAUCCAAUUAUCAGCGCACGGGCCCACAGUCUUGGAACAAAAGUAGAAAUCUUGAACACACGAUUCUCAUCCCAGUACAAUGACUUCCUCGGAUAUUUGUGCGACAAAUCCGCUCCCAGUACUUCUGACCUUUUGGUUCUUGGCGUAUACUUGCUAUUACAAGACCGCAUAGGAGAGUCUCAUAGAGUCUACAACCGUAUCUUACAAGAGCUUUCCGGGAAAAUAAAAAUCCCGGGUGCCACCACACCUGAAUCUAAUGUGCAGCUUGAUUAUCUUGGCGCUUACCUGCAGACUCGUUUGUUGGAGAGUCAGGUGUCCCAAAACCCAGAAUCUGUUGAUCUGAAUGGAGUUCGUAAAAUUGCUCAAAAGUAUCGCACCUGUGGAAAUCUGCGCUGGCGUGCACUGUUUGCUAGUUUGGAAGAUUUUGUGGAUGAAGUUGAUGGCAUGACAAGUAGUGAGGAUCGUACAGGCUCGAAUAUUACAUCCGAACGUCGGCAAGAACGGGCACUACAUACUGAGCCUGUACUAGAUAUGGAAGUAAAUGAAAAGGAUGGUCUGGUGGUUCACUAUGCCAAUAUGACGGACCUACAAGUCAACUAUUACAAAACCAAUGUUGAGGUUGUGUUCUCUGGAAGCCCAUUUAUGGCGAAUGAGGCCAAGCAAUCUGGAUGCCAACAAGGGUCGGGUCAUUCAUUAGAAUACGGAUGGGUGAAACCUAAUUACACCGAAAAUUACACAUUGGAGAGCAAUGACGAUUGUGUUAUGAAGGAAGUACAAGGCGACGAAGACUUUGAUAUGAUUGGUGUCAACCGAAUUAAGAUGAAAACAAAGAUCAUUCCCCUUCCUCAGCAUCUGAUUAGUACGAAUGUUAUGGUAGAGGUUACUGGAAGUGGAUUGCGCCGUAGCCAGACUUUCUUUGCCCAUCAAUUGACUGUCCAUAUCGUCGAGCCGUUUGGUGUUGUUCGUGUAGCCCAAAAGCAAACCAAGCGACCACUGGCGGGCGUCUAUGUUAAGGUGUACUGUCGCUCCAAUGGCAAGAAGGAGGCUAAAUUCUGGAAAGAUGGCUACACUGGAUUGAAUGGUGUGUUUGACUAUGUUAGUGUGACAGAAGGAAAUGAAUUGGUGGGAACCGACAGAGCUUCGUCUGGCCAAGAGUCGCUUUCUGAUCUGAUAAAGAAGAUCAAUAGGUUUAGCAUAUUGAUUUCAAGUGAAAAAGAUGGUUCUGUAGUAAAGGAAGCUUAUCCUCCUUCUUAACAAAAAAAAAGUUAUAUUAACUCAGUGACUUUUAACAUAGCAAAGUUAAGCUUAUAAAUAAAAUAUGUAUUGACACAUGUGUGUAUGUG